AUGCGCCUGCAGAACGAGCUGAGCAAGCAGGAGAGCCCCAACGACUCGCUCAAGUCCGGAGUGCAGAAGCUCCAAUCCUCAAACUCCACCCUCACGCAUCAGCUCGCCAUCAAGAACGCGGAGGCGCAACAACUCGCCAACGAACUCCUGACACUCAAGAAACGUCAUGAGGAGACACAGAGCCUGCUCGAGAGCCGCACACGCGAGCUCGACGUCUCCAAGGCACUCCUCGCCAAGGCUGACUCGCUCUCGUGCGCAGACGUCAUUUCGCUCCUCGGCGCACUCAACGCCGGGAUUCUCCAGACGGCCGCGUUCAUCGCGGAUUCGUUCGAGUUCUCAUUCGACAGAGCGCAAGCGCGUGAAGGUGGCGUCGCGGAGAUGCUGGACGCACGCACGAAGCUGCAGGACGUUAUGGGCGCCGCAUUGUUGGACCUGCUCGGGCGGGUGAAGCACGAGGACCACCCAACGCUCAUCCAGAUCGCGCUGCAAAGCUCGAUUGUGGAGUUUUCGCGGUGGAUGGUUUCGACUUGGGACUACGAUGUGUUGCAGGCGGAGCAACCUCUCAUGGAGGUUUACCAGAACAUUCGCGAGACAGAGAACCAAGCAGUCGCCGGCCGCUGGCGCGCCCUCACCCGCGCACACGCGCAAAAAAUCGCAUUCCGCGAGGACGCCCAACACUCCACCCUCCUCGUCACCAACCUUUCCGAGGCGCUCGUGCUUGUGCUCGUCGCCGCCGGCUGCGUGUGCACGUACGACGAGACGUCCAAACGCAUCGCGUCCGCGUUCGGUGCACGCAUCUCCGCGCUCGUUGACAUGGCCACGCGCCUGAACCGCGCGAUGGGCGAGGAGGUCACAUCGGCCGACCUGUGGCCAGCGUAUAUCGAGUUCGGCACGCCGUUCAAUGGGGACGAUAUGCGCGACAUGUAUGCGGAGGACGGGGACGAUGCAAACGCGCAGGAGUCGGAGGGGCAUGUCGUGCUGUGUACGACGGAGCUCGGCUUGAUCCGGUCCGAGAAGGCGCAAGUGGAGGGCCGGCCCGAGUUCUCGACGACGCAUCUUGUCAAGGCCAAGGUUGCGCUGGAGAGCGUCGUCGAUGGGAUGGAGGUCGUGGAGUUUGAGGACGAUGAGGCUUAGACGUUUGUUUGCCUCUAGGAUGCAUGUCGCUUUAUGGCGGUCAUUCUUUCUUUACUUCUUCUUCCCCCCUUUCUAACCUCGCGUGUGCUAUUUUUGCGCUCUUGGACAGGUCAAACACGACUUCAU